AAAUGUCGCAUGCACCCUUAGGGUUUUCUGCUUAUUACGUGUGUGCCCUUCUUGUGGACUUCGUCUUUCUCCUGCUCACCAAACUCUUCUGCUCUGCAACGCGCACACACACACACACACAGAGAGAGAGAGAGAGAGAGAGAGAGGCAGAGAUGGCAGAAAGAAAAGAGAAGAAGAAGAACGCCAUCGCUGUCACUGGAGCAGCUGCUUUCGUCGCCCUCGCUGUCGGCUUCGUAUUCUCCGCCAUCAUCGAUCAGAGAAGGCGGAGCAAGAAGAAACGUCGGUUUCUGUGCGACGUGCCCGGGCUUCAAAUUCGCGUGAAUCUAUCGGCUUCGGAAAUCAGCAAGCUCGCCGAUCGCGUUAUCUCGAAUUCGAAAGAGGUCCAUGACUCUGUGGCAUCCGUGCCGCUCCAUAAGGUUACAUAUAUGAACACCGUCUCUCCAUUAGCUGAGCUUGAGGCGGAGCAGUUUCCACUUAUUCAAACUUGUCUCUUGCACAAGAUGGUUUCUUGCUCAGAAGAUGUGCGCAAAGCUAGUGCCAAUGCUGAGAAAAAGAUAGACGCUCACCUUUCAAUGUGCAGCAAGAGAGACGAUGUUUAUCGUUCUGUCAAAGCUUUGGCUACAAGAGAUGAAUGGAUGAGUUCGGAAUCUAAGUGCUACAUUUUUUGCCUGCUUAGAGAGUUUGAGCGAAAUGGUGUAAACCUGGCUUCAAGCAAGAGAGAAGAACUUGACAGGUUGAGGGAAAAAAUAGAUGAGCUAAGCUAUGAAUACAUACAAAAUAUGGAUGAGGACUGUGAUUUCCUUCUGUUUUCAGAAGAACAGCUUGCUGGAAUGCCUUCAGAGUUUAUCAAGAUGUUAGAUAGGAAGGAGAAUGGUAAACUAAAGAUCAGCUUGAGAAGUCAUCAUACAUCAGCCAUACUGGAGCACUGUAAGGUCGGAGCAACCAGAAAAGCUGUAGCUGUGGCACGUGGGCAAAGAUGUGGAAGCAAUAAUAUGCAAAUUUUGGAAAAACUGGUGAAAUUGCGACACAGGUUAGCUCGAUUGUUAGGGUAUUCAAAUUUUGCUGACUUUGCUCUUGACCUCAGAAUGCCAAAGACUUCUGCUAAGGUUAUUGAAUUUCUGGAGGAUAUAUCAGCGACUUUAGAAGAGCUUGCUGCUAGGGAACUUGCAUUGCUUAAAACACUAAAGAAAAUGGAGGAAGGAGACUUUCCUUUUGGCAUGGAAGAUCUAUUAUACUACAUACGGAAAUCCGAGGACGAGGAUGUCAAGAUUAGCUAUGGAGUUGCCAAGAAGUACUUUCCAAUUGGAUUGGUUGUCUCCGGUGUUCUGAAAAUAUUUCAGGAAUUGUUUGGCCUGAUUUUCAAGGAGAUUAAAGGAGCACAUGUGUGGCACAAUGAUGUACAGUUGUUCUCAGCAUUAGAUGUGACCUCUCAUGAGUUAUUGGGCUACUUCUACCUUGAUUUGUAUACCAGGGAAGGUAAAUAUGAUCAUAUGUGUGUCCUUCCUCUUCAGACUGGAUGCUUGUACGUCAACGGUUCAAGGCAGAUGCCAGUGGCAGUCCUUAUUGCUCAGUUUCCCAAGGAAUCUGAUGGCAUUUCGAGUGUGUUGUGUUUCUCACAAAUGGUUACAUUAUUUCAUGAGUUUGGCCACGUGGUCCAUCACCUUUGUAACCGGUCAUCAUUUGCUCGAUUCUCUGGGCUUCGUAUGGAAGCUGAUUUUGUUGAAAUAUGUAGCUGCAUGCUGGAGAACUGGUAUCCACACCUUUCUUGGGUUUUCCUGCUAGUCAUAUUAGUAAAUAUGCAAAUUGGCAGAGUUUUUGUGUAUUUUUUUUGCAGGUGCUAUGAAAAUAUUCCAUUGAAAAUGAUGUCAGGCCAUUAUCAGGACAUCACAAAGCCCAUAACAGAUGAUAUAUGUAGAGCACUAAAAAGGAGGCAUUACUCUUUCUCUGCUUUGAAAAUGAAACAAGAAAUUCUCUGCUGUCUCCUGGACCAGAUAGUUCAUUCUGGCGAAAAUCUAGACAUCGUUGAGCUUCUCAAGCACCUCCACCCAAAGGUUAUGUUAGGAAUUCCAUUACUAGAGGGAACAAAUCCAGCUUCAUGUUUCCCACGUCUUGUUGUUGGCUAUGAAUCCACUUGUUACAGUCGCAUCUGGAGUCAGGUUUUUGCCACUGAUCUUUUCGUGUCAAAAUUUCAGAAUGAUAUUCUAAGCCAGUCGGUAGGCUUGCAAUUCAGAAACAAGGUAUAUGCACCAGGAGGAUCCAAGCAUGCCAUUAAUAUCUUGGCAGAUUUCUUAGGCAGAGAACCUUCGGUUCGGACGUUUAUUGAGAACAAAAUCAAGAACAGCCUUUGCUCAUGAGUAUUUUGUCUUCUGCAAAAUGGUUUCGCGUUAUUGCGAGUUGUAAAUGUCUCAAUAUUUUUUUUUUGGCUUUUCAGCUUUAUAUCUUCAAUAAUUUUUCACUCCGAGCCUUAUUGAGUUGUAAAAUUACCUUGUUUUAGUUAGAAAUUUAUCCACGGAGUUUUCCUGAA